AGCGUGGCGUCGAUGGACGACAGGCGACAUAAGUGGGAGACAGUGAUUGCUGACAAAGAUUUUUUAUGUGUACACAAGAAUAUUAUGCAUACUCAUUAUACCUGAUUGAUACAUCACCUUUCAAAUAUGGAUGAUGAAGAAGGCGCUUCGAGUUCUGGACCUAUGUCUUCAUUAAACAGCUUGUUUUCGUUCACCAGUCCUGCAGUGAAAAAAUUACUCGGCUGGAAACAAGGUGAUGAGGAGGAGAAAUGGGCUGAAAAAGCAGUGGAUUCGUUAGUGAAGAAACUGAAGAAGCGUAAAGGUGCAAUCGAGGAACUGGAACGAGCACUGAGUUGUCCUGGAACACCAAGUAAAUGUGUAACGAUUCCUAGGAGCUUAGAUGGCAGGUUACAGGUUUCACAUCGCAAAGGCUUGCCGCAUGUGAUAUACUGUAGAGUCUGGCGCUGGCCGGAUCUCCAGUCACAUCACGAAUUAAAACCACUGGACUUGUGUCAGUUUCCGUUUUCUGCCAAGCAAAAGGAAGUUUGCAUCAAUCCUUAUCAUUACAAAAGGGUGGAGAGCCCGGUACUGCCACCGGUGUUGGUUCCUAGACACUCAGAAUAUGCUCCUGGUCAUUCUCUGUUGCCAUUUCAGCAAUUGGCUGAUCCAAGCAUGCCGCACAAUGUGUCCUAUACAUCUAGCGGUUUCAACGCCAGUUCUACGAGUGGCGUUAAUCCGACGUCACCGAUGUCCUCUGUCGGUUCUGUGCCCAGUCCAGGGAGCACGACUUUACCGAAUCCUCAGAGUCCAUAUGGUACCAAUGGAUUACCAGAGACACCACCGCCAGCAUAUUCUCCUCCUGAGGAUGGCUCUCAAACCGGGCAAACCACGUCCUCGGAUUCAGUUCCGAUGGAUACAAGCACAUCAAUUGAAUCAGCUACACCUGUGUGUUACCAAGAACCACCUUACUGGGCAUCGAUCGCUUAUUACGAACUAAAUUGUCGAGUGGGCGAGGUGUUUCACUGUCAUUCGCACUCCGUGAUUAUUGACGGCUUUACAAAUCCGAGCAACAACUCCGAUCGCUUCUGUCUCGGACAGCUGUCCAAUGUAAAUCGAAAUUCUACAAUAGAGAAUACGAGGCGGCAUAUAGGUAAAGGAGUGCAUCUUUAUUACGUUGGCGGAGAAGUUUAUGCCGAAUGCCUCUCGGAUUCUGCGAUAUUUGUACAGUCUAGGAAUUGUAAUCACCAUCAUGGCUUUCAUCCCAGCACAGUUUGUAAAAUUCCACCGGGAUGUUCAUUGAAAAUAUUUAACAAUCAAGAAUUUGCCCAACUUCUAUCGCAAAGCGUAAAUCAUGGUUUUGAAGCUGUCUAUGAAUUAACAAAGAUGUGUACGAUUAGAAUGUCUUUCGUGAAGGGAUGGGGUGCGGAGUAUCACAGACAGGAUGUUACUUCGACUCCCUGUUGGAUCGAAGCACAUUUGCAUGGACCUUUGCAAUGGUUGGACAAAGUGUUAACGCAAAUGGGUCCACCUCACAACGCCAUAAGUUCUGUGUCAUAAGUAACAUGCACGCAUUCAUAGAAAUUUAUUUUAAGACAAAAAGACAAUUAGUCUCGAUGCACUUUUAAGAGUUCAAGUAUAUGCUAUAUUUGCCACAUACAUAUGAGAAUUAUGGAAACUGUGUACGGACAAAAUAUGGUUAUAGUAAG